GGUUUUGAUAAAAAAUAGUAUACAUCCAAUCAAAAGCCUUAAGAACAGGAUAGAGCCAGCUAAUCGAUUAUGAAUUAAUUGAAAGAUGAAUAAUAAUAAACAGAAAGAUUGAAGGCUGAGUUGAAUAUGGCUAAAGACAGAGAAAAGGACUUCUAAAAGAGAUUGUCUAAGUUGGAACAAGAUUACGAAUCAAAACAUAGAGAAGAUAAAUAAAAACUCCAAUAAUUAUAGGAUGAAAAUAAAAAUUUAAAUCAGAAGCUCAACCAAGCCAAUAGACAUUUGCAGGAGGAAAUCAAUAAGGUUAGACAAUAAUAUGAAUCCUAACUUAACGAACUUGAGUAAGCUUACAAUGAAAAAGAAUAAUAGUUAGAAUAAAUAGCAUAAGAAUUUAAUUUAGAGGAAAUACAAAAAAAAAUUGAAGAAUUAUAAUAAGAGUCUGAUAUGAAAGACUAAAUUAUUGAAUAAUAUCAAUAGUAACUACAAGAUAUGUAAGAAGCAAUUCAAUAAAUUCAAGAGGAAUAAGCAAACAAUAGUAGGAACACUAGAAAUCAAUUCUCAUCAAAUAAGAAAUUAUCAAAGAGUCAAGAUAAUGAUAAGGAUCAAUUGAUUUAGAAUUUACAACAAUAACUUGAAGCAAAAGAUGAGGAUUGCAGAAAAUUAGAAGAUUUGAUAGAAAAUUUCAAGCCCUUGUAUUAAAAUUUAAGUGAUGAAAAACAACAGUUAUAAGAAGAAGUGGAAAAACUUGCAAAUGAAAAUAACCAAUUCAGAGAAAUCUUUAGUUAAAACUUGCAUCUUUUCGGAAUUGACCCUGAAUAAUUGAAUGAAGAAGGCGAAGAAGGAGAAGGUGAAUAUCCUGAAGAAAUUGCAGAGGAGAAUGAUGAUCAAAAUGAUUGA